CUUGCCUGUUCACACGCAACACCACCACGUUUGCUUCCUGUUUUAAUCUCGAACUUGACUUGCACCGAUCACACCUUGCAGACCUCUUUUCUGGGACAGUCCUGAACCUCUAUUAACCAUCGUCUUGACCGAUUUCCGCCAUGUUUAUCGCACGAUCCGAAUACGACCGAGGGAUCAACACCUUCUCGCCAGAGGGCCGUCUAUUCCAGGUUGAAUACUCAUUAGAGGCUAUCAAGCUCGGGUCAACCGCCAUUGGUGUUGCUACAUCACAUGGCGUCCUCCUCGGUGUCGAAAAGCGCGUUACAUCUCCCUUGCUCGUCUCCUCCAGCAUAGAAAAGAUUGUGGAAAUCGACAGACACGUUGGAUGCGCCAUGUCAGGUCUUCAAGCCGAUGCACGAAGUAUGAUCGAGCAUGCUCGUGUGGAGUCACAGAACCAUGCUUUCAACUUCAACGAAAAACUCGGGGUUGAGAGCUGUACGCAAGCCAUCUGCGAUUUAGCACUAAGGUUCGGUGAAGGAGCACAGGGAGAAGAGUCAAUAAUGAGUCGUCCAUUUGGUGUUGCCCUAUUGAUUGCGGGCUGGGAUGAGGACGAAGGACCCCAACUGUAUCACGCAGAACCCUCGGGCACGUUCUACCGCUACGACGCGAAGGCCAUCGGAUCCGGCAGUGAGGGCGCCCAAGCGGAGCUACAAUCAGAAUACCACCGAUCUCUAACACUGGAAGAAGCUGAAACCCUAGUUUUAAAAACAUUGAAGCAGGUGAUGGAGGAGAAGCUCGAUGCGAAGAACGUUCAACUGGCGAGUGUCACCCGCGAAAAUGGCUUUCGCAUCUACAGCGACGAUGAGAUGAGCACUGUGGUCGCCAGGCUCGAGGGAGACUAGAUUCUCAUAUGGUCGGGCAUGUAUUAUGCGCAUUGUUCGGCGUCUGGAGUGGAUCAGAACAUCAAAAUGUCUUGCACGGAGAGAGGAUGGUGGAAAUGGUCUUUGGUGACACGACUGAACCUCGAGCGACCCUGUCGCAAUUGGAGGCGAUGAUUUUAGUCGCCCGCUCUUCCGGGAUAGACUCAGUGAGAAGUCGCCGUGGCAUUGCAAAUUGCAGACAUCUCCAACUACCUUCUGAAUUUUAUUCUUGUUGCUGCAAAACGACUGUCUAAUGCUAUGCUGAAGACUGGUAGGUCUGUCACAUAUCUAAUCCUUGGGCUAGCACGUUCCAUGCCAAUUUGCAGCCCCGCUGUGGCGUAUCUAUUCAGACGGGCGCUCUGCUUGUGGAGUGAUGCGCGCAAUGUGUCGACGCUGGCCAUCCUGCCAGUCAAUC